AUGCCUCUCCGUCUGCUCGUCUGCUUGGCUGGGCUGCUGGCCUUCGCGGAUCCAACCGUCGGUAGGCACUCUUGUCGACAAGACUCGAGCUCUUAUUUUUGUUGUUUCUUUUUUCUUCAACUGCCGUUCGCCUGGCGUUUUCUCUUUUCCCUCGGCCAAAGGGGCUCUGACCAAGGUCUUGAUCAAAUCAAGGACCCUUCGAGAAACGACUCAUCGAGUCCGCUACUCUUCGUCGUAGGCGUCUUCACUUCACGUCGAUUUGUCAAUUUUCCACUCAUUCACCGCCAUCCGGUUCGAUGGUUCGAGUGUUUAGCUUUCAAGUCAAUCUAG